AUGUGGGACUACCAAACCACAUCCGACCGCUCCGUCGUACAUUUUCGGACUCAGUACAACAGCGGCACGACAACCUAUACCUCCCCCGGAAACGCCUCUACCUUCACUCCUACCGCAACUCCUACGAUGUAUGCUGUGACGAGCACCACCAACGGUGAGCAAACCCCCGACACCCCGCCGCCACCACCACCGCCGCCGACGUUGCCACAGUCGCCACCCCCUACAUCUAGCAGCACUCCCGCAACCCCCACGCCGACGACCACGACGACUUCCCCUCCCCUCGCCCUCCCGUCACGGUGA